GGGCAGCAGAAGGGCAUGACGAAGUCGCAGCAGAUGAAGGACCAGUACUCUGUACGCAAGAAGUGCAGCAAGUGGUGGUACCAUAGCAAGCUGUGCUACAUGAGCUGGACCUGCACCUGCAACGCGAAGAUCGCCAAGCCGCAGUAUGUCAAGCAGCUGAAGUGGGAGGAAGAGCGGAACGACUGGAGCGACAAUGACAAGAAAUUCGACCACGAAAGCAGCAAGGACAAGGGCUUCGGCAAGGGCGACAAAGGCGGAGCAGGCUGGAAAGGCAAAGGCACAGGAGGCAAAGCUGCGGAGACAUUCGCAACAGCAGUGAGCAUGAUGACGAAUUCACUCCAGCGUAUGGGCAUACAACAUGGAGAUCAACUCGUGCGACAACUGAAUGGAAUGGCAAGCCAGGUUGCGGCGGCGGCCACGCCCCCACCUGAGAGGAAGCCAGAAGCGGUGCGCCUGGCAGAAGCGGCAACCAGACUACAGAAGGCGACUGGAAACUAUGAGUGGAAGCGCGAAGACCUGAAGAAAGCUGAAGAGAAGAUGGCAAAGCUCAAAGCAGAAGUACACCAGCACGCAGCACAAGUGGUGGGCAUCGAGGUGGAAAUCGAGGGAAUUCAGGCAGAGGGCAAGAACGUUCCACCUCAGGGAGUAUUGGCACAGCUCUUCUCCUCGGACGUGGCGGAGCUGGCGGAAGGAGACCUGAGGGAAGUGGACGACGCCCUAGGCACAAACGACGAGGACCUGGACGACGAGGGGAAGAUGGCGAUCCAGAAAGCAAAUCAGGAGGUGGUCGCGCAGCUGAAGGCAAACGCGGCAUCCUUCGCAGGGCAACUGAAGACGCACUUGGAGAUCGCAAAAGCAAAGGUGGAGCUGCAGCAGCCAGAGCAGGAGAUGACAGAAGAGAUGAAGUCAGAAGUCACGGACGCGGACGACAUCGACGAGAUCCUGGAGGCGGCAAGGGCAGCAAGGGCGGAUGCAGCCAGCUAG